ACAGCCUUUGCAAGCCCUCUCGUUAUCUCCAAGGACUCUCUUUUGGAAGGAAAAUUGAACGGCAUGAAAUUGAGUGACUUGGUGACACUGACCGGAACGCACUACAUCACUGCUCCCAAAACCAUGACCUCCCUCAAGGUCCUCCAGGAAUUGUCCGCUCAAACGGUCGAUGGCGUCGACGUGACGAAAGUUGUAGCGACAACCAUGAACGCCAGUCGACGAGCAGACGGCGGAAGGAUCACUAACGUUCGCGCGAAAUUUGCGCGUCGCGUCCAUCUCGACACCAAUUCUGAACGGCAUCAAGGUUGCCGACAUUGGGGAGCGCUUCGUCAGGAUCAACAUUCCCGCAAUAAUCACCGGCGUCAAACACUUCGUCGGCACUUUCGACGCGCUGCAAGACGUCCGUCUACGGGGCAGGCUCAACAAACUCGCCAUACCAGGAGAUCUUCUGCUCAGGGACGCCGAGCAAUUCGUGCGAGCACCAAAGCGGUUCGACAGGCUCGUCACUACUGUAACCAACGUUGAAGGCAGAGUUAGCGGCGUAGCGCUACCAGGAGACGUCUACCGUCUCACUGACGACAGCCCCGUCGACGUACCGCUCGCCUUCGCCAAUGGGCUUCAGGCGCAGCGAGACGUGGUCGUAGCUGGCACGGUCGACAACGUGGACAUUUCGGAGUUCGCUGCAUACGCGUCCAAGCAACCCGAAAGAAUUGUGAAGAACAACGUGGUCUUCAAAGCACCAGUUUUCGUCAAGAAGUCGGUCCGGGUUCCACGCGAAGGUCAACAGCGUGCUGCUCGAUGCCCUUUAUAAGGACGCCAUCUUUCCUACCAACGAGUCUACGUUGGUGAUGACGGGCCAGAAGACUUUCCACAAGGGAGCCAAAAUGACUCGAAUGACGGUCAAAGGCGGCGUAAACGGUUACAAUUUGCUGGAGGACUUUGUGGCCACGGAGGACCACCAAGACAUCAAUGGAAUAAAAACCUUCACGGGACCUGCUCUGUUCGAGAAGGACCUGAUUUCAAAUGUUGGCAUCAUCGACAGAGUCCCACUCCUGAAGGUUUUCUCUGGCCGAAUAACUCUUCACAGCGAGCAGAAUAUCACAGCCGAGCCGCUGUUCCUGAACAACGUGAGAGUGAAGCAGCUCUACGUUUCGGGUACAGUGCAGGGGCUCUCCUUUCCCAGGGACUUUGUUCUCAAGUCCAUUCCGCAAAAGAUCUACGGAAUGAAACACAUGGCUCGGGGCAUGUCCGCUGCUCUCGUCGAUUCUCGUGUGCACGCUACCGUCCGAGGCUUGUUCGGUGGCGUCGACAUCGUGGACAUAAACAAGCGCCGUAUCCCACUGUCCACUGGCCAACUGCUAACAGGGGAAUUCGCCAUUGGAAACGUGACUGCACCAUUCCUACACGCAACGUGGAUGAACGGCAGGCCAGUCCAGCCAUUCUUGAGGAAUGUGAUGUCAAAGACCAAGCCCCAAGUAGUCCCUGCUCCAAAGACGUUUUCCACGAUGUUGAAGGCGAUCUCUCCCGUGACCACCGUGCAAGGUGUGAACGGCGUGAGCCUGGCAGAGGUCAACUCCAACGCUGUCACCCUGCGUGGUCAGUCCGUGGUCAGCGCCCCCGUUGCACUGCAAGACCCCUUCGAAGUGAUGGGUCACCUGAGCAUCCACGGCACCCUGGACGGUCGGGACCUCCGGGCCUUCGAGGCCGACGCGGUGCCCAAGCGCGGCUGGGUGUCCAUCGCCGGCAACUGCGUCUUCUACCGCGGCUUGUCGGUGCGCGGCAACAUCGCCGCCGACACGGUUAACGACCUCAUGUUCUCCUACGACGUGCUCCUUAAGAACGCCGACCAGAGCGUCAAGGGACAUUACCAUUUCACUCGUGACGUGAAGGUGCUCGGAGAUUUGCCCCACUUGGGUCACAUCAACGGCGUGGACCUGUCCGUGCUCGACACCCUGAUCGCCAAGCUGGACCGAGAGAACGUCAUUCAGUCCGACCUGGAGUUCCACGAUGUGACCGAGGUUGGCACGGAUCUGAACGUCGACGGUCUCGUCAACGGCCACAAGCUGCGGCAGCUGAGGGAUCAGGCGAUAUGCACGGCCAGGCAUCACGAGCUCACCGCCACCAAGGUCAUUCGGGGUCCCGUAAACGUGUUCCAUUCCAUCGAUGUUCGCCACUUCCAGAACGGCAGCCUCACUGCCCUCCUCGAAGAUAUCGUCUUCGUUGACGGCCACUUUACGACUGCACCGAAGAUAUUCACUGACGUGCUCAUGGAAGGAAGCGUGAAAACGAACAAUGCCCACUUCGACCAACUCGUCAACGGCAUCCCCAUCAACACGGUGCUCUCUGACGGCGUCUGGGGCGACGGGGUGUGCCAACUCUUUGGCGACAACGUAUUCACCGACACUUUCACUGUUACCAAAGACCUCACUGUUCUCGGCCGCUUAAACGGACUUCGCAUUCCCGACGAUCUGCUGCAGCUUUGCCACAACAAAGCGUGUCCGGAGCAAUACUUGGACAGUCCUGUGUUCGAGAACGUCCAGGUUCCGGGCCAUCUGCCUGUCUCUGGCACAGUCAAUGGACACUACCUCCCGCACAUGCUCGAGGAUACCCUGUUCGUCACCACCAACCAAACCGUACGUGGAACCAAGCACCUCGAGGUUGUGACGUUCGAACAGAAUGUGCUACCCGAUCGCGUCCAUGGGAAGCGAUUCCGUCAAGAUGUGGUCACUCUGCACACGGCGCAGACGUUGCACGGAAGGCUCUCCUAUCGUCACGUUGUCACACCGAAUGUCGUCGUCAAAGGGCUCAUCAACAACGUCAACUUCUUGAGCCUCGUGCGAAGCACGGUGCUGCUUAACGUGCCCCAGACCAUAGCCGCCCCGCUAGCACUGAACAACGUUGUGGUUCGCCACAACAUCCGACACGUGGGCACACUCAACGACGUCCACCUCGAUCAGCUUGCUCGGGAAGUGUCUCGCUUUGAGCACGCUGCCGCACAGUUGGGACGCUCCUUGGGCCACCGGAUAGCCAGGCACGAAGGCCUUCUCAACCAGCUCUCCUGCUUCCUCACCGAUUCUUAUUCGACCGUGGAUUACUUCGUCCUGCACCAAUACCUGGACGUGGAGGCCACGACUGUGGACACAGCGCCAGGUGUGGGCUUCUUGCGCCUGCUGGACAACCAUGGCAGCGACGUCGUGGCACAAGCGUUCCACUUCGCCUGGAGUCAAGAAGGCGGCGCGUGGCAACUGCAGGGCGUCGUCUCUGCCGACGAAGGCGAGCGCGUCUACUUCACCCUCGAAGGGAGACUCUUCUGGCUCGAGCUUCCUCUGCCGGACAGCAGCACCGGACGUGCCAUCUUGACGGACGGCUCGACGGUGGUCUUCAAAUUUGGCGACGUGCUGGCUAUGUCGGCUGUUACCAGGACAGGCAACACCGCAAUACUGGCCAGUCUGACCAAGCACGGUGUCCUGGACCUCUUCACUUACUCCCUGCAGAGCUUCGAGCCCAGUCUAAUCGGCACGAUCAAUCCAGGGCAAGGUGCCACCAUGGUCAAGCUCCUCUCCCUCGAAGGGUCGUUGUACGUCAUCACCUCCGUGUACGACCACCGAGCUUGCAUUACGGACCGCUACCACUCGCUGGUGUACGCAAUGGAAACUGCGCACAGGUGGCGCCUCGUGCAGACCCUCUACGGUGGAGCGGUGGCCAAUGCCUUCUCCCUCCACGGCUUUCUGUAUGCCCUGUUCACCGGUUUCGACAUGCGCAGCCACUGCACUGAGCCCAGCCUACUGAAGGUUUAUCGAACUUGUGGCAGGCCGGGAUCUACUUUCGAGUUGUUCCAGACAAUCUCCCUGGACUCGGUCUCCAAAGUGGAGAUUGUCCAGUAUGGAGCACAUCUCGACGUAUUCAUGGCUGCCGCCAACAAAACUUCAAUUCAAAUCUACACUUUCAAUGGCGAGAGCGGCUUCCAGUUCCACUCGGCGAUCGCUGUCCGGUUGGUGACCGACAUCAAAAUGACAGGUGCUCGGAGGCUCCCUCUACCUCGUCGUCGCUCAGGGCCACAGCACCGCGAAAAGCCUCGUUUACAAGGCUGUCACGCUGGGGGCUGCGGCAACAUUCCAGUAGUCUUCCAGCGACGUGACACAACUGAGUGGAGCUGCGCUGGAUUUUAGAUUUUACGCCCUUCGCAACGCAGGGUGGUAUAUAAUUGUUUACUGUUACCGCAUAACUGCCUCUGAGGCAUCGCAGCUUGUUACUUUUACGCAGCUUUGGCUAUUGUAACCAUUGUAGAUGGAACAUGUUGGGCCCUAGGCUUUGUUUACCACUGAAAGUGUCACGAGCCAUGUGCUUAAAGCACGUUAUUCACUCUGCAAUAAAUUUAUUAUACUGAUCGUUUU